CCCUUCUUCCGUUAAUGCAGUAAUUUGUGGAUUUGCAAUUUUCAAUGGACAGUUCACUUAUGCGACUGGUGAGGGGCUGACCACAAGUGCCUUCUACCAAUUUGUGGGGGCCUUCUUCAAGUUCAGGGUCAAUAACCAGGAGAGAUGAAAUAUAGCUUCUCUUGCAAGGCAUUGUGACAGAGGUCUGGUCUGAUGAUGACACCAGCCAUCCAACUCAGGUAAGAAUUUUUCAUUUCUGUUUGGCUGCACUUUACAAAAGUUUGCAGAGUCAUGUGCUUGCAUUCACUUGACCCUGCUGUAUGGAGGUGCUUCAUUGCUUUUGCUAGUAGGUCUUUCAAGUGCUUCACUAACUCCUAAAACAAAUAUGAGUUUGUUUGCUUGCUGCAUCUUUUAUAUGGUGCACACAAGCACUUAUGAGUAUUAGACUUAGUUUUGCACAUUGCAGCUGUUCCUGUAAUUUUUAGGUUUAAUUUUUGGUUGCCUUGCAACUGGUGAAAGUAUUGAUCAUCAAACAAAAUCAAUAACUCUGGAACCUAAGAAGAGGUAUUUAAGUGUUUGACUUUUCUGUUGAAUGAGUUUCAUUGGUGUAGAAGCUUGUGUGUGUAGUCAAAGCAAUUGAGGGUUGCCUAUUGGAGAAACUAUUCUACUACAUAUUUCACAUGCAAAACUAUUUUACAUGCACUGUCUACCAAAGAAGAUAGGAAAUGCAAGGUCUGUAAAUUAUAAAGUAUUUUGUAUGUGGUCUUCUCAUGCUUCACAAACUUUUCAUGGUAGGAGACAAUCAUCCCUAUCCAUUCAUUUGAACUCUAUUUAAUUUACUUGUCACAUCGAAUGCUGGACUUCUUGCAUAUUUAUUUGGUAUUUAUUGCACUAAUUUUUCACUCAUCAUGUUUAUGGAAAUUGUAAAAGACGAGUGAGAUUUUGGGGGAAUUUAAUUAAAAUGGAUGUUUGAAGUAACUUGUCCCUUUUCAUUCCACAAAUUGAAUUCUCAAGAAUCAAAAGGAACUAAACUUAAUUUCAAAAAUAGUCCGUUGGACCAACAUUCGUCACUGCUUCAAUCUCCCAGUUUCAAUUUACUCAAAUCAUGAUCAGUUCCCAUCCUGAAAGGGGGAUUAGACUUGUUUUCCUUUAGAAUAAUAUUCUCAAUCUUAAAGUCUAUGUAACAGGAGUUAAUGAGUUCUAUUGGGUGAAUGAAUUGUAAUUCUUUAACAAAUCUUUUUCUUUUUAUAUUAUAGUUUAAAAAAACAAAAAAAUUGUGUUCAAUACAGUCACAAUCUCUCAUCUUCAAGAGCCUACAAUAUUUCCCAUAAAAAAUGGUUACCUCUAGUCUCGGCCUCUUUCAAUGAAAUGGUGUGUGAAUUAGUUGAUAAUCAAGUAUUGCUUUCUGAUUGAUGGAAAAAAAAAAAUUUUAAUACUUUCUGAUUGUUGCUCAACUUUAUUGGAUGUGUCCUGAGGUGCUACAUGCUACGUGCUACCAGUCACUUUCGAGCUUAUUCUUCUACAGUUCUACCAGCAAAGCAAUCCAGCACCAUAUCUUCAAGAUGAUGAGCAAAUUACUUUUAAUAUUUAGGAAAUUCAACAUUUAAUUGAAGAGUCAUUGACUUGAAUCUUAACAUUUAAAUGCUCAAGUGUAGGUUGAUUCUCUUGCCUCUCAAAAUUUCAUUGACAACUGCUGGAAAUAUGGACGUUUUCUUGUCUGAAAUAACUAUUAUCAGACAAC